AUGGCAGCAGACGCAGAAAAGAUCGUAGGUGCCAAUGCGCCAGCAGUGCGGCAACCCGUGAUCGAGAUGCCGAGCGAGAAAUUGGCCACUCGCGAGGUCGACGGUGCCCUUGCCUUCCUUCGCAACGAGGCCGAUGCAUCUAUUGCCGAAUUGGACGAGAAGAAAUUAGUCCGUCGCAUUGACUGGCUGAUCAUGCCCAUGCUCUUUGGAGUCUACGUUCUCCAGUACAUUGACAAGAGUUUGAGUAUGUUCACAACUGCAGCCUCUGUACACCCAUGUUGCAUUCCAAGAAUGCGACCUGUGAAUCAUGCUGACUCAUUUGCAGUCAACUAUGCCAACGUUAUGGGUAUCAGCAAGGAUACACACAUGACUGCCGCCCAAUUCUCUUACCUGGCCACUUUCUUCUACGUUACCUUUGCCGUCUUCCAGCCUGUACAUGCCUACUUGAUGCAGAAGUUCCCCACGGCACAGUACCUUGGUGUCAACGUUGCCUUGUGGGGACUUACACUGGCCAUCCAUAGUGCCUGUAACAGCUUCGGAGGGCUCAUCGUCGUGCGUUUGCUCUUGGGAGUGUUCGAGUCGGCGAGUGCUCCCUGUCUGAUCUUGAUCACGGGCAUGUGGUACAAGCGUGCAGAGCAGCCUUUGAGAGUGGCCAUUUGGUAUCUAGGUGUGGGUGCCGGAACUAUCAUUGGUGCCUUGUCUUCAUUUGGCUUUCAAUUCUACGAAGGGAAAGCCUUCAGAUCGUGGCAGAUCAUGUUUUUGAUCUUCGGACUCAUCACCAUCGUCUGUGGAAUCAUCGUCUUCCUCUUCUUGCCCAAUUCUCCCAUGGCCUCGCGUUUCACGCACGAGGAGAAAGUGCUAGCCAUUGAACGACUCCGCGAAAACAUGACCGGAAUCGAAAAUAAGACAUUCAAGACACCGCAGUUCGUGGAAACAACCUCAGACUUUCGCACCUGGCUCAUCGCUGUCAUCAUUCUUGCAGGCAAUGUUCCCACUGGCGCCUGCGGGACAUUCUCAUCGACUCUCAUCAAAGGUUUCGGGUAUACGUCUAAGCAGUCCGCCUUACUGAAUAUCCCCAGUGGCGCAAUCUCGAUGAUCUCCGUCAUCUCCGCAUCGUGGUAUGCAGGCAGGUUCAACGGGCGUGCAUUUGGCAUCUGUGCUCUUCUCAUACCUGGUAUUCUGGGCGGAGGUCUGAUGGCCUUUCUCCCCAAGAGCGACAAGGCAGGUAAACUCGUUGGUAUCUAUCUGACGCAGACAUUCGGACCAAACCUUUCGAUCAUGUACUCCUGGGCUGCUGCCAAUUAUGCAGGCCACACCAAGAAGAUCAGCAUCAACGCCAUCAUUCUCUUCGCGUACGGCGCCUCAAACAUCAUCGGUCCUCUGACCUUUACCGGCUACACGGCCCCACAGUACAUCCCUGCCAAAGUCGCAAUCAUGGCUUGUUUGUCUUUGGGUGUUGUGGGUGCGUUGCUCCUGCGUUUCGCCUAUGUGUGGGAGAACAAGCGUCGAGACCGUCUCGCUGGCCAGGGAGCUAUCCCCCAUAUUCAAGAUGCGGAGUUCAUGGACUUGACCGACAAGCAGAACAUGGAGUUCAGGUAUGCUUUGUAG